AACCAAUAGUCACUUCAUUUUAGAAUGGUUUCAGAAUCUCUGCGGCUUCUCUCGUUGCAUGAUAACAAAUAUUUGCGGUAUUUCAAGGGUCAUCAUGACAGGGUUGCCUCACUUAGUAUGUGCUCCAAAAAGGAGUGCUUUAUUUCUGGCUCACUUGAUCAAACUGUUAUGCUCUGGGACCAAAGAGCUGAAAAAUGCCAGGGCUUUCUACGUACACAAGGAAGACCAGCUAUUGCUUAUGAUGAGCAAGGGUUUGUUUUUGCAAUUGCUUUUGGUGGAUACAUAAGAAUGUUUGAUGCAUGCAAGUAUGAAAAGGACCCAUUCGAAAUAUUUUCAGUUGGUGGAGAUGUAUCAAAUGCAAAUGUUGUCAAGUUCAGUAGUGAUGGCAAACUUAUGCUUUUGACAACUCCAGAUGGAAAAAUUCAUGUCCUUGAUUCAUUCCGUGGCACAGAGAGUCGACAGCCAUGA